AAAAAACUUUUUGUAUCGGAGGAAUCAACAGCCGCCAUCUUGACGCGGCUCAGAAUCAGGAUUUUGGGAGAGCAUUAUUUUUUAGACCGAAACGAGCCAUUUAGACCGUGCUCAAACGGCUUUAUUCUGCAGAAAAUCGAAGUCUUUAUUCCUUCGGAGAGAAUUGUUGAGAAAAAACGAGGAUUGGAUCAGUUUUUGUCGUCUAGAGAGCCCCUCGUAUAUUUGAUUUCCCCUUCAGAGAGCGCCGCUUCUCCGUAUCUCCGUUCCGAGACGAUGCAUUUAUCGAGAGACAGUAUCGAGAAAAAUACAUCGGCGCAUACAAAAUAUUUUUGGAAAUUUCUUGUCUUUAUUGGAGGCGAAAAUUGAAUUUAAGGCUGUUCAUUUGGACCGGGAAAAGGCGCUUAUUUAAAGAUGCCCAUCUAGGGAUUUAUGGAGAAAGGGACUUGAAUCCACACUAUAUACUUUUUUUUGCUACUAUUUUAAUUUAUUUUCCGUGAACCGAAAUAUUUUUUGGCCAUAAUUAUUAACGAUAAUUAUGUGGGUGUUGGGUGUUGGAUUAUCAUGGGGUGAUUGUCAGCGGCGAAGCGUGGCGCUGUUGCCUUUAUUUUGAAACAUUCUACUCGGCUGACUAGUGCAAGCAUUUUUCUAUCUUGCCAGCUAGUUGGUUAAAUACCCCAUACGUGGGGUGUGAGUAAGAAAGAAGAUUGUUGCCAUAAAAAAAUCUAGCUGGAAGGAGUCGAAUUUCAUUUUGCAUCAUUAUUUAGUGAUCAUUCUUACCGAUCAGAAUGGCUGAGAAUUUGCUGGACGUCGGACCUCCCAACGCAAAGCGACCGAAACUCAAUUCACCUGCGCUUUCAGCGUCAGAUGGUCCAGACCUGGUGUCGCUGUUCGACCUGGAGAAUGACCUCCCAGACGAGCUGAUCCCCAACGGGGACCUGGGUGGCCUGAUGGGCAUGCCCUCCAACGGUGCCCCUGGUGGGGGGGGAGGAGUGCCUGGAGGAGGUCCCCGGGGCCUGGGCUCCAUGGUCCCUGAUGCUGCCGCCAAACACAAGCAGCUGUCUGAGCUCCUGAGAGCGGGCGGUGCUGGGUCCGGUGGCAUGGGCCCCAUGAUGGGGAAAGUCCCCAUGGGCCAGGGCUCGCCCAACCAAGCCCAGAAAGGAAGCCCCGCCAGCGGACAACAAGGCAACGGCUCCAUGGCGGGCUUCAACCAGGCUAUGAUGAACAGCCAUGGACACGGGAUGCCGGGCCAGGUGAUGAACGGGGCCCUGGGGCCGGCAGGACGGGGCAGGCUGGGGCUGCAGCAGUACCAGGUCCAGGCCAUGCAGGGUGCUGGGGGGGGCGUGGGGCCGGGAGGCAGCAGUGUGCUGGCUGAGACUCUGGCUCAGGGAGGAGGGCAGAUGGGAGCUCACAACACCAUGAACGCCCAGCAGGCGAGCAACAUGAAUAAGAUGGGUAUGGCUGGCAGUCCUUUUGGGCAGCAGUACGGUCAGGGCGGGGCCCAGCAGCAGAUGGGGGUGAAUGCCCAGCAGCAGCUCCGGAACAAGGCAGCCCUUGCCAACAGCCUGCCCCCCUUCCCCAGUGACCUGAAAGGGGCCAACAGCCUGCCCCCCUUCCCCAGUGACCUGAAAGGGGCCAGCAGCAUGCCAAACCUGGCCCAGAUGCAGCAGGUAUCCUCCAUGGUCCCUGGCGGUGGGGUGUCUGCAGCGACGGCGAGCCACACGGCCGACCCAGAGAAGCGCAAGCUCAUCCAGCAACAGCUGGUCCUGCUGCUCCACGCCCACAAGUGCCAGCGGCGGGAGCAGGCCAAUGGGGAGGUGCGGGCCUGCGCCCUGCCACACUGCCGCACCAUGAAGAACGUCCUCAACCACAUGACUCACUGCCAGGCCGGCAAGUCCUGCCAGGUGGCUCACUGUGCAUCGUCCAGACAGAUCAUUUCUCACUGGAAGAACUGCACGCGGCAUGACUGUCCCGUCUGCCUGCCGCUGAAGAACGCCAGCGACAAAAGGAACCAGCAGCCCAUGCUGGGUUCGCCCGGCGCCAGCCUGCAGAGUGCCAUCAAUGCCACGGUGGGCACAGGCCCUCCCGGUAGCUCCCCGGGUUCCUCCAUGAACAGUGGCGGGGUCAGCAGCGGGCACAUCGACCCCAGUUCCAUGCAGCGGGCCUACGCUGCCCUGGGCUUGCCCUAUGGUAACCAGUCCCCUGCUCAGGGACAGGGAGGACCUGGAGGACAGAACACAGCCCAGGGAGGGCAGCAGCUACGCUCCAUCAAUGCACUAGGCACUAACAUGAACAUGGCCGGAGGAGGGGUGGGCGUGCCCUCAGAGACCGGCAUGCUCUCGGACUCAUCACUCCCCUCGUCGCUCAACAAUCAGUUGAUGCCAGACGGGUUGGGCAUGGGGGGCAUGGGCAACCUGCCGGGCGCCAACCCUCUCUCUGCCUCGGGGGUGAGGAAGACGUGGCACGAGCACGUCACUCAGGACCUACGCACCCACCUGGUGCACAAACUAGUACAAGCCAUAUUCCCCACCCCAGACCCCGCAGCACUGAAGGAUCGGCGGAUGGAGAACCUGGUGGCGUACGCUAGGAAGGUGGAAGGGGACAUGUACCAGUCUGCCAACAGCAGGGACGAGUAUUACCACUUCCUGGCGGAGAAGAUCUAUAAGAUCCAGAAGGAGUUGGAGGAGAAGAGGCGCUCGCGGCUCCAGAAGCAGCCUGGCCCCAUGGCAGUGGGGGCCCAGGGGCCCCAGCAGCCUGGCAUGCCCCCUCAGCCGAACUCCAUGGGUCCUGGCCAGUCCCCACGGCCAGCCAAUGGAUCUGUGCCUAUGCCCAACGUGCCAAAUCAGAUCAUGCCCCGCAUGCAGGUGUCUCAAGGAAUCAAUCAGUUCAACCCCAUGGCAAUGCAGAACGUGCAGAUGUCCCAGGCGCCCAUGGGGGCCCGCGCCGCCUCGCCCAUGAACCACUCGCAGCAGAUGAACAUGAGCUCUGUCCCAGCGAUGGGCAUGUCCCCAUCCAGGAUGCCCCAGGUGCAAGGCAUGAUGGGACAGCACGCCAACAGCAUGGUGGGACAGACAGCCAAUCAGAGCCAGUUCAUGCCCCAGAGCCAGUUCUCUCCCAACACCGCCCCUGGCGGGGGUAUGAUUAUGAACAACCUGGGCUCCCUCGGCCAGCCGCAAGCACAGGCAGCUGUCACUCAGCCGCCCCUGCCCCGCGGCACCCCUCCACCCAACGCCUCGGCUAACCUGCAGCAGCUCCAGCACCCCCACUCCCACCCACCUCCCCAGGCUCAGCCUUCACCGUCCUCCACCCCCACUCAUGUCCCCAGUGGCGGCCUCCCCGCCCGACCCCCCUCGACCCUGGGCAUGCAGUCCCCUGCUGCCCCCUCCCAGCCGCUCACGCCCCUGCAGCAUCAGCAACCGGGGACCCCCAGCCAGACGCAGCCCAGCUCAGUGCAGCCCCCCAGCACACCGCUGUCCCAGGCGCCAGCCAGUAUAGAUAACCGCAUGCCCACCCCAGGCUCGGUGGCAGAGGUCCACUCCCAACAGGCCCCACCAGACGUGGCCCAAACGGAGCACAAAGCCGAGCUCAAAGACGAGGAGGACGACGACUGUGGCUCGGGGAAAAAGCAGCCCAGCGACUUCAAAAUGGAGGACGAAGACCAAAAAGACACCAAACCCCUCACGGUCAAGGAGGAGGAGCCAGACGGGGCGGAACCUAAGCAGGAGCCAAUGGAGACAAAGGAGGAGAAGAAGCCGGAGAUUAAGAAUGAACCCAAAGAGGAGGAGGAGGGCGGGGUCAACGGCACUUCAGCGUCCACCUCCCCCACCCAGAACCGCAAAAAAAUCUUUAAGCCAGAGGAGCUUCGCCAGGCCCUGAUGCCCACACUAGAGGCCCUCUACAGACAGGACCCAGAGUCUCUGCCCUUCAGACAGCCUGUCGACCCCAUGCUGCUGGGCAUCCCCGACUACUUUGACAUAGUGAAGAAACCUAUGGACCUGUCCACUAUAAAGCGUAAGCUGGACACGGGUCAGUACCAGGAACCCUGGCAGUAUGUGGAAGACAUCUGGGUCAUGUUCAACAACGCCUGGAUCUACAACCGUAAGACGUCCCGCGUCUACAAGUACUGCUCCAAGCUGGCCGAGGUGUUUGAGCUGGAGAUAGACCCCGUCAUGGUCAGCCUGGGCUACUGCUGUGGCAGGAAGUUUGAGUUCUCACCCCAGACCCUCUGCUGCUAUGGCAAGCAGCUGUGCACCAUCUCCAGAGACGGAACCUACUUCAGCUACCAGAACAGAGAGUUGGGAAUCUGUAUUCAUACGAGUGGGCUGUGUGUUGGCUGUAGAGUAUCAGAACUGAUUCUAACUGGUCAUCCGUUGUCUCUGUCCUCCAGUAUGAUAUCUAAAGACCAGUUUGAAAAGAAGAAAAAUGACAUGUUGGAUCCAGAACCGUUUGUUGAAUGUAAAGACUGUGGACGGAAGAUGCACCAGAUCUGUGUGCUGCAUUAUGAUGUCAUCUGGCCAUCGGGCUUCAUUUGCGACAUCUGUCUGAAGAAGUCCGGCAAGACGAGGAAAGAGAACAAGUUCGCUGCCAAAAGGCUACAGACCACGAGGUUGGGCAUGUACAUCGAGGACCGGGUGAAUAAGUACUUGAAGAGGCAGAACCACCCUGAGGCCGGGGAGGUGUUUGUACGGGUGGUGGCUAGCUCCGACAAAAAUGUUGAAAUCAAACCUGGCAUGAAAUCUAGGUUUGUGGACUCGGGUGAAAUGCAGGAGACCUUCCCUUACAGAACCAAAGCACUUUUUGCAUUUGAGGAGAUUGACGGUGUGGACGUGUGUUUCUUCGGUAUGCACGUCCAGGAGUACGGUUCUGAGUGCGCCUUCCCCAACACCAGACGGGUUUACAUAUCGUAUCUGGACAGUAUUCACUUCUUCAAGCCCCGGGCGUUGAGGACGGCAGUCUACCAUGAGAUCUUGAUAGGGUACCUGGAGUACGUUAAGAAACUGGGCUAUGUGUAUGGUCAUAUCUGGGCGUGCCCCCCCAGUGAAGGGGACGACUACAUCUUCCACUGCCACCCGCAGGACCAGAAGAUCCCCAAGCCCAAGAGGCUGCAGGAGUGGUACAGGAAGAUGCUGGAGAAGGCCUUCGCAGAGAGGAUCCUCCAUGAUUUCAAGGACAUCUUCAAGCAGGCCACGGAGGACCGUAUUACCAGUGCCAACGAGAUGCCCUACUUCGAAGGGGACUUCUGGCCCAACGUGCUGGAGGAGAGCAUCAAGGAGCUGGAGCAGGAGGAGGAGGAGAGGAAGAAGGAAGAGAAUGUGGCCUCCUGUGAGACCCCCGAGCACACUGCUGACAGCAAAAACGCCAAGAAGAAGAACAACAAGAAGACCAAUAAAAACAAGAGCAGCGUGAGCCGAGCCAAUAAGAAGAAACCUGGCAUGCCCAAUGUAGCCAACGACCUGUCCCAGAAGCUCUACUCCACCCUGGAGAAACACAAGGAGGUGUUCUUUGUGAUCCACCUGCACGCGGGACCCUCGGUCAACACCCUCCCCCCUAUCAUGGAUCCAGACCCCCUGCUGACCUGCGACCUGAUGGACGGCCGCGACGCCUUCCUCACCCUAGCCCGGGACAAGCACUGGGAGUUCAGCUCUCUACGGAGGUGCAAGUGGAGCACCAUGUGUAUGUUGGUGGAGCUGCACAACCAGGGCCAGGACCGCUUCGUCUACACCUGCAACGAGUGUAAACACCACGUGGAGACGCGCUGGCACUGCACCGUCUGUGAGGACUUUGACCUAUGCAUCAACUGCUACGCUGCCAAGGGCCACGAGCACAAGAUGGUUAAGUGGGGCCUCGGGCUGGACGACGACAGCAACGGAGCGGGCGGUGCCGGGGGCGAGGCCUCCCAGAGUCCGCAAGAAUCCCGCCGCCUCUCCAUCCAACGCUGCAUCCAGUCCCUGGUCCACGCCUGUCAGUGCCGCAACGCCAACUGCUCGCUGCCCUCCUGCCAGAAGAUGAAGCGUGUGGUGCAGCACACCAAAGGUUGCAAGAGGAAGACCAACGGCGGCUGCCCCGUGUGCAAGCAGCUCAUCGCCCUGUGCUGCUACCACGCCAAACACUGCCAGGAGAACAAGUGUCCCGUGCCCUUCUGUCUGAACAUCAAGCACAAGCUGAGGCAGCAGCAGCUCCAGCACCGCUUACAACAGGCUCAGAUGAUGAGGAGAAGAAUGGCCACUAUGGCCGGGCGUGGAAUGGCACCUCAGAGCCUGCCGUCGCCACCUACCUCAGCCACCCCCGGCACCCCCACCUCGGGCGGACAGACCCCCAGCACACCCACCCACACCCCCCAGGCCUCCUUACCCAUCAGCCAGCCCCAGCAGCAGCCGCCCCCCAACGUGACAGCCGGCAUGGCCCAGCAACAACCCGGCUUUCCCAACAACGGGCGUACCAGCCAGCCGCCAACGCCGGUUCCACAAGGGGGAAAGCCGGGGCCCCAGUCUUCCCCCCUACAUCAGGUGCAGUCGCCCCUGCCCAACAUACCCAACAUGACCCCCCAACAACAACAGAUUCCCCAACAACAACAACCGCCCCCGCUGGCCGCUCUGAAGAUGGCCCGGCACAUAGAGAUGGUGGCCAAGGCCAAGCAGCAGCAGCAGCAGCAACAACAGAACUACAACAUGAACAUGCCCAAUGGUGUGCCCAUGAACCACCCCCGCAUGGUGGGGCCUAUGCAAGGCCAGAUGGGGCCAGGGCAGAUGCAGCAGAUGAUGGGGCCCCGGGGCCCCCAAGUGAUGCAGGCCAUGCAGCAGGGCCAGUGGGGCCCCCAGGGGGGGAUGCAGCAGAACCCCCUCCAGAACCCCCAAGUGGUCCAACAACAGCAGCAAGGCCUACCCCAGCAAGGUGGCCCCAUGGCCCCCCAACAGGCUCAGGGAAACUCCACUCAGUUGAUGCAGCAGCGGCCCAUGAUGCAGCAGCAGCCCGGCCUUCAGAUGCCCGGGGGGGUCCACAUGCCCCCCCAGGGUCCCCCUCAGCAGCAGAGCAUGACGCCACAGCAACAAGGGGGCAUGCCCCGGGGCAUCCCGGGAAACAUUGCCCCCAAUGCCCUGCAGGACCUCCUGAGGACCCUCAAGUCGCCCAGCUCUCCCCAGCAGCAGCAGCAGGUGCUCAACAUCCUCAAGUCCAACCCCCACCUCAUGGCCGCCUUCAUCAAGCAGCGCACAGCCAAGUACCAGGCAAGCCAACUACCGGGCCAGCAGCAGCAGAACCCCCAACAACAACAGCAGAACCCCCAGGCGAUCCUGGGAGGCCAGGCUGGGAUGCAGGCCAUGGCUGCUGCCAUGCAGGCUGGGGCAGUGCAGCAGAGGCCGGGGGUGGGCAUGCCCCCCCAGCAGCAGCAGCCUGGCCCUCAGCAGGUUGGUGGCCCCCAGGGUAUGGCCGCCAUGGGCCCACAGGGACAACAGCUGAUGAACGCCGCCGCACACAACGGCAACCCCCAGCUCUACCGCAGGCAGCUGCUCCGGAUGCAACAGAUGCAGCAGCAGCAGCAGCAACAGCAGCAACAACAACAACAACAACAACAGCAAGGAGCCAUGCCCCAGGGCCUUCCAGGCCAGUUCCCCCAGCAGCAGGGAGGAGCAGCCAGCUACUCCCAGCUCCGCAUGCAGCAGCAGAGGGCCAUGCAGCUCCCCCCCAUGGCCCAGAUGGGGCAGCCCGGCAUGGGCAUGGACGGGCCCCAGGCACAGAACCUCCUCCAGCAGAGGAUGCUCCAGCAGCAACAGCAGAUGCUGAAGCAGCAGAUGGGCUCUCCAGCCCAGGCCAACUCCAUGAGCCCCCAGCCCCACAUGCUCCAAGGACAGCCUCAGGGAGGAGCUCACCUGCCUGGCCAGGCGAUGGGCAAUGCCCUGGGCAAUCAGGUUAGGUCUCCAGCCCCGGUGCAGUCGCCCCACCCUCCCUCACAGCAGCCCCCACAUUCCAGCCCCUCCCCCCGGAUACAGCCCCAUCCCUCACCCCAGCACACCAACCUCCACUCCGGUUCACCCCACCCCAGUCUGGGCGGCCUCAUGCCAGGCUCCAUGGACCAGGGACACAUGGGCACGCCCGAGCAGAGCGCCAUGCUCCCGCAGCUCAACACGCCCAGCCGUGGCAGGCUUAGCAAUGACUUGAAUAUGGUGGGCGACACCACAGGAGACACACUCGAGAAGUUUGUUGAAGGAUUGUAGCAUUUUGUGACGAGACUUGUUUGGGUUUUCUCGGUUUUCCACAAAUAACUUUUUGUACUGACUGCUAUGUAAAGAGAUGAGGCCUAAGGACUGUGAACCUUUCCUUAAACCAAGGGACUGCUAUUUCUUCCAACAAAAUGGAGGAAUUUGAAUAAUUAUUGCUGUUUAAAGAGGAGAAUGGGGGGAGGAAAACACAUAUUUUGGGGUUCAGACCAGCCAUGAAAAUAAUUUUGUUUUAAUUUGUAUUAUUAUUUGUUUUAUGUCUCUGGUAUGUACUUUUUUUAAUGACACCUUCUCAAAAUGAGUCUUUCAUUUUAUUUUUCAAUGUUUUUAUUUUGUACCUUUGCAAAAAAAAAUCAUAGCGUUUUUGUGUUGAGAAGAUUGUAAAAUAAUUUUGUCUGAACUUUUUGUGCCAGGUUUUGCAUCUUUGCUCCCUCUUCAUUCCUGGCUAAUUUAUUAUUAUAAUGUACCAUUUUUCAAAAAAGGGCACAUGCCUUUAGGUGAGACUUAUUUACUUUCCGUACUGCAGAAGAGUCCUUGUGGGAUAUUAACGUAUUUGUAUAGAGCUAGGAACUAUCGCACACCCAAACACCACGUUCAGGUGUGAACAACUGACUCUCUCAAAUGCUCCUUCAUCCACAGCUGCCGGAAUGUUAGUUUUCUACUGGCUUGGAACCAGUAUCUCUGUCCUCCAGAUGUUGGACAUCUUUGUUUCUUUGUUUAUCCUUCAAUCUGAAGUCUUGAUUUCCCCCCGGCUUAACUGUGGCGUGGGGUGUACCUUUUGGACUGCUUGCUGAUUUGUGAUUGGAGAGCGUUCUGUGCAUCUUUUUUCCUCUUGCAUUAAACUUGAAUUGAGGUGAAACUGUUCACUGUUGUAAAUCAUGCAGGUUGACAAUGUAAAUAUGCAGAAAAAGAAGAAUGAAUCACUGUACAAACUGGUUAAAAAUGACUCAUUUCGUACUUAUAUACCAUAUUGUUAAAUAAACUGUGUGCAAACAGACAACAA